AGUGUGUCAAAAGGCCGCGGAGCGCGCAGUCCAGCGGCCAAGACCGGACCCUCAUGUGCUGGCCAUGGCGACACUGUCAGCAGCCUCCUACUUCUUACCUCUUCUGCUAGUCGGCUUAGUGCAGACAAAUCCCCAGCCAGAGAAGAUGAAGGGUCUCCUGGGUACCCUGCCAGCCACAUCGGUAUCGGCCUCAGAGCUGGGCCCGAGGCAUGGGACAGUGGGCAGCAGGGUCUGGAGGAGACCGUGGGCUAAGCCGUUGCUGUGGGACACCCACGAAGAGGAGGAAAAAGUCAGCGUGGAAGCCUUACAGACGGAUGCAGCCGGAGAGCUAGCAGAGAAAAAGCGAGUGCAGAAACAGCUGGAGGACUGGAGGUCUACAGCGGCUGGAUUUGGGGUCGGGAGUCUUGGCUUCUGGCCCCGGUCUGUCCCAGUCUGUGGCUCAGUUGCUGCGUUGAUGAGACGGGAGUGUGCCGCGGUGGGAGGGCAGCUCGGGGCCGGUGGCCGCGAUCCGGGGGAGUCGGAGGCAGAAUGGAAUCCGGAAGGGAGAGGCGAGCAGACCGUCGUCCACGGGGCCCGUUCUGCCAGAAGGCCUGUGGAGACCCCGCUGUACAUCACCAAGAGGAACGCGCAGAUCUCCAGCUUGUCUGGAAAGUGCGCCCCUGUCGGGGCCACCUCCUGCGGCCUGGCCGCCCAGUACCCGGAGCUGAACGCACUUCAGGAGGAGCUGAAGCCCUUGGGCCUGGUCGUGCUGGGCUUUCCCUGCAACCAGUUUGGGGAGCAGGAACCAGGGGAGAACUCAGAGAUCCUUCCGGGGCUCAAGUAUGUGCGUCCCGGGAGAGGAUAUGUACCCAAUUUCCAGCUUUUUGAGAAAGGGGAUGUGAAUGGCGAGAAAGAACAGAAAGUCUUCACCUUCUUGAAGACCUCCUGCCCUCACCCCUCUGAGGUUCUGGGCUCCUUCAGACACAUGUCCUGGGACCCGGUCAAGGUCCACGAUGUCCGCUGGAACUUUGAGAAGUUCCUGGUGGGGCCCGACGGGGUCCCGGUCAUGCGCUGGCUCCACAAAGCUCCGGUCAGCACCGUCAGGGCAGACAUCCUGGCGCACCUCAGGCAGCUAAACACAAAAUAGAAGGCUCCGUGCCGGGCUGGAGCCGUCUGCUCGUCUGAAGACCUGUUUUUGAAAAAUUCCAUUUUCCACUACACUCUCUUCCUAAACGGCCUCCACUGGACUCGCCUGGUCUGUCCCUCCACGGUUCCCCCUCCCCACCAGGUAGAUUCAUGCUCAGAAGGCUCCUGCUACUUCUCCUUGUAAGGGGACAUUUGUGGGAGGAGGACAAGUGUGGAAACCCCCCACGCUCAGACCGCUGUUAUAAAUGUAAUCACCCCUCUCCGUCAACGGAACAUCAGCCUCCUGUGAGGACAGGUCCUGAAGAAGACUGCGCCUGGACACAGUCUUCGCCCUUCUCUCUCUGCCCUGAGGUGUAGACGGAACAGCGGGAUGGGUUCCACUCAUGACAUCUUCCCUCCCCUCAGGACCAACACGCAUUGUCAGUUUCCAGAUCACAGUGUUCAUCCAUGGCACCCACUGUCCCAACCUGUCAUUCUGGUUCAGGAGCCCUCGGUGGAGUGGGAGCAGGGGACUGCCUUGCAUGAAGGGAAGGGCGUCUCCAUGGCGGUGGGCCCCAGGGCCUCUGUCUCACUCAGAUCCUACAGAAACCGCCCUAGUGUCUGACCUCUGCUGCGCGCAGGCUAGGGCGCCCGGCCCAGGCACCCUGGGAAGGAUGGCUCCCCUCCCUCCACCCAGACUCCUCAGCUCCAGAGCCAGCCCUGCACCGUCUCCAAUAAAAUGUUUUCUGCAGCA